AUGAAUUCUGACGAGGCUACUGGCUACGCUCAUUCCACUGUUGAUACCAACAAACCGUUUCGGUUUGAAGUUCCACAUUUCAAACGCUGGAAACAAAAGACUGAAUUUUUUCUAACCAUGAAAAAAGUGGUUUAUGUUCUGUCAAUGGAAAGGCCCACCGUCGAUGAAGCUGCUGCUGACGAAAAAAAAGAAAACCAAAAUACUGAACUCCAAAAAUGGAUGACCAAUGAUUACUUGUGCAAGAAUUUCAUUCUUAAUGCACUCAGUGAUGAUCUCUAUGAUUAUUACAACAACGAAAAAACUGCGAAAGAAACUUGGGAGGCGUUGCAGAAAAAAUAUGACAUCGAGGAGGCUGGAACAAAGAAAUAUGCUGUCAGCCGCUACCUCAAAUAUCAAAUGACUGAUAACAAAUCUGUCAAGGCGCAGUCCCAUGAGGUGCAGAAAAUCGCUCAUGAGAUUGGUGAACAAUUUCAAGUUGCUGUUUUGAUUGACAAGUUACCUCCUUCGUGGAAGGAUUUUAAAAGUUCUCUCAGGCACAAAACCAAGGACUUUUUGCUGGAAAGUUUGAUAACUCGCCUUCGAAUUGAGGAAGAGGCGAGAAAACAGGACUAA